CAGAUCGCAAUGAUUUCAUCCAGCCACCCAAACCCUCUUUCCUACCUCAGCCUGCAUCUUAGCCGGCGUAGUCAAAACCCCGGGAUAUGACCUGAAGGGAUUGAAUUGGUGCUGUUGACUGCCCACUGAACGGGCAUCUUCCCCAAAUCCUUUUGCGCAAUGAGCGGGGAAGUCCAACCAAACCUGGGGGAAACCGGGCUGGGCUGGCUCCGGAAUGUAACACAAAAUGCAAGGCGCAACUGAGAGGCCGCCUUGGAUAUUGGAUGCGCAUUCAUCAAAUACCCACCCAGCCCCGCGCUUUUGACAGGGCCGGGAACCAUUAAAAGCCAGGCGACGCUUCGUGCGUCGCCCCGGUCCUUGGUCAUGUCGUCCACCCUAUCAUCUACCAAGAUGGCUGCUCGUCUGCUCAAGGCCCUCGUUGGGCUUUUGAUGACUGUUGAGUCCUCGGCAUCGGUGACGAUCCGCAAGACGGGCCGCGGUCCCACGGGCUACGAGGUCGACUUCCGCUAUGUCAACACCACGGCCAAGCGGGUGCUGAUCGGGGGCGGCAUACAGCCAUUCACUGACCAGUUUCACACAACGGGUACCGAGUAUCGCUUCAACGGCCGGUAUGACCCGCAUGAUUACCAACCAGGCGACUUCUACGUCAGCAACCCGUCACCACAGCUGCCCGCUGAGCCGGCGUACAAGUGGCCGUACGAGAUGAAGCGGUCAGACGACGAAGACGGCCUGUGGACGUACACGGCGCCCCUGCCCAGCGGCAUCUACAGCUUCGCGUACUUGGUCAACUGCAACUACGCACCCAACUGCAGCAUCGACACGGGCCACCUCGUCAUCGACCCCGACCUGCCGCCCUUCAUGAACGUGCCCGGCGAUCAAGUGGCAUCCAGCUUCCAGGUGCCCUUCGACGCCGAGUUCCAGGCCUCGUCCGAGCUCAACACCAACUUCGACUAUGCCCUGGACGCACCUGACCCGGAGCGCCACCGCGGUGAGGUGAAAAUAGUCAACUACACCUCCCCGGGCUCCAUCCACCCGGCUCCGGACGUGCACGAUUUCGCCAUCUACCUCCCCGCUGACUACCGCCGCCCGCGCUGCAAGAAGAGGGAGUACCCCCUCCUGUACCUGUCCCACGGCGCGGGCGGAAACGGCGCAGACUGGGAAAACCUGGGCCGCAUGAGCCACAUCAUGGACAACCUGAUCCGGCUCGGCCACAUCCCGCCGACAGUGGUCGUGACGCCGUCCUUCUACAACCUGGACGCGAGCUUGCAAGACGGCCGCAGGUUCAUCUACGGCAACAAAUCCCACUCAGUCCCCGUCCCCGCAGCGCAGCGCGUGCGCGAGAACUUUGAAAAGCACCUGUUCCCCUGGGUGGAGGAGCACUACGACGUGUGCCGCAACGCGAGCUGCCGGGCCUUUGCGGGCUUGUCGAUGGGCGGCUUGCUGACGUACGAGAUGUUUGUGAACGCGACCGAUUAUUUUGACUACUACGGCAUGUUCUCGCCGGCUACCUUGGGGCCGUUUAUUGACGCGGCGGCCGUUGCGGCAAAGCCUAGUCUGAAAGAGAAGGGAAUUAUGGUGGCGUAUGGGCUGUAUGAUUUUGUGUUUCCGAUGGCGAGGAAUCUGCAGACGGCUUUGGAUGCCGUGGGGAUUCGAUAUAUCACGCGCGUGACGCCGUUUGGGAGUCAUUAUUGGAAUACGUGGCAGGACGAGCUGUGGUGGUUUGGGAGGAAGGUGUUGUGGAAGGAGUUGCCUUUUACUGUGCGGACGGGGAGGCAGAAUAGGAGUUGAUUUCGCUGAAGGUGGGAUGAGGCACAGGAGUGGAAUCAUGUGACGGCGAGAGAGAGGCAGCAUGUCCUGAACAUGGGUUAGGCACACCGAGAAGAAAUCGACUGGCCGCUGUGACAUAUUGUUAUCAUUCCGGUGGAGCCAUGAGACUUGAAAACGGUUUUAAUGAGCAUAUGGAAAGGAUCGGCUUCUGAAGAUGCCUAACAUGGCGUUACUCGUCGAGGCUCCUGAAUCGACGAUUCGAAGAUAAGGUGUUUCAGACGCGUAUGCCUGAUCCGAUGGGACUAAGGCAUAGAAUUCUAUUCUACCGGGAAAACACGGGCAUAUUGACUUGGCUUGUAUUUUAUACAAGCGUAGGAGCAAAAAACGUCCUGGCGUCCACAUC